ACUUUACCUACAAAGGCAAACGUUUAGUGGAUAAUAACGGGAAUGCCUCUAUAUCGGAUACAUUUUACGAAAAUGAAUUGUUAUUGCAUGAUAACAAACGACUCCAGCAACGUUUAAAAUCAAUGCAGGAAACUAUAAAUGUUCUUACAGAGAAAAAUACACAAUUGUUAUUAGAAAAAGAAAUGAAUGCCUUUUCGUCGAUAACAGAUACAGAUCAGACUAUUAAAAAUAUGAUUGCAGGUUACUUGCUGGAAAUUGAAAAGUUGCAAGCGAAGUUAAUAGAAUCCGAGGAGAUGUAUCAACAACUUAAAAAAUUUGGAGAUUCAUCAUUUAUUCCACAAACUAAAUUACCGAUUAAUGAUGAUGCAGAAAAUAUUCUUCAUAUUGCAAAACGAGAAAUAAAAAAAGAACAAGAAUAUGUCUUGUCAAGAUCAUUUUCCUAUAAUGAAAGGGCAGCUGUCGAGGCAAGUGAAUCCGAGGGAAGUGAUGAAGAUGCUGAUAUGAAAGGAUUUGCAAAAAUGGAUGAAGUUGCGGGUAGUUACCAUUUUAAUAAGUUUAAUUAAAAAGAAGAAGGAAAAGAAGAAUUUGAAAAAUAAGAUAGUUAAAAAAAGGUCUCUAUGGAGUCGAGAGUGGCUAAAAAAAAGAAAUUCUGGUAAAGAUUUAAGUAACAUGGUGCUGAAAGAACUUCAACUGGAGGACCCACCAAGUUUUGAAAAUUUUUGCAGGCUUCCGAAACAUCUUUUUAAUAAACUGUUAGAAAUUGUUGGGCCAACAAUAACGAAGCAGGACACAAUCCUUAGGCAAGCGAUACCAGCCAGUACCAGGUUGCUUAUUACACUUCGGUAUUUGUCAACUGGUAAUACAUUUACAGAUAUGUCCUAUAGUUUUAGAGUAUCAGUUCCAGCCAUAUCCAU